UCCAUUUCUAACGGCAACGUAACGGUGACAACCGGCUGCAAUUCACCACCAUACUGGACUCCUCGGGCUGCCUCUUCCUCUGAAAUCCCCCCUUCUCCCGCAGGGCGUCGUAAUAAUGUCGGGAGCCUGAACCUCCGUAUUCCUCCACUGAGCAGUGAGCACCGUAUCUCAAGAACCCGCCAGUAAUCGACGCCGAUGGAUUCUUACCAUCAGAGUCGCCCUUUUGCGAGGGCUCCGCCACCUCCGCCACCGCCUUCCGCCGCCGAUCCCUACCACCACCACCAGUCAACGUUAAGGCCACCAGUUCCGCCGCAGGGUCCAUGGUUCCCCAACCAAUUCCAAUACCAUCCUUCGCACUCCCCGUCGCCACCCCCGUCGCAGUGGGGUCCGCCGGCGCCUCAUUCCGACCAUGUUCUGCCUCCUCCACCUCCUCCCGGCGCUUAUCCUCCACCUCCUCAUCCUUAUCCUUCCCAACCUAUCCACCACAGCCAGUUUCCUCCUCCUCGCCCUCUUAUGUUUCAGCACCCCCCUUCUCAUUCCCAGGUUCCACAGUCUUAUUCUCGUGUGAAUCAGGAAUGGAACAAUCAGAGUUGGGCUCCGCACCAGGGCUGGGAAUAUCAAGCCCACGGCAAUGAAGAAGAUUGGGCUGCAAAAGCUAGGGCAUGGGCAGAUGCGAAGACUGCAAUGGAGAGCCAGCAAUCUCAGUUUGCACCUAUAGGAAGACAUGAAGAACAGAACUAUUAUCAUGAACAGUAUUCACAACCUGUUAAUCCUAACUAUCCAGAUAUGUCUAAUCAACCACUUCCUCCAACUUAUGAACAGUUUCCAGCUUCAGCCACAUCUGGUGCCCGGCCACCAGCAGCUCAUCACCUGGACUCCACACCUGUUACUGUUAGCAACGAACAAUCUUCUUAUCUUUCAGAUGGGCAUCCACCUUACUCAGUCAGUGACGGUAACUUUGGAGGCAACAUGAACUCUGUUUUCCAUCACCAAGGAAAGUUAUCUUCAAGUCCAUCGGUUCAUCAGCAGGAGGUACCUUCUAGUAAUUAUUCUGUUACAGGUAAAGAAGACAUAGUAGAUCAAAAUGUACAGUCUUUCAAAUCACUACCUCUACAAAAUUCCUCAGUUCAUGAUGGACAGCAGCAUUUCCAACCCUCUAUUCCUACGCCCUAUGCAUAUGGCAACGAGCCAGGGCCAGCUGAUACCAUGACCAAUCUUGCAGAUCAGCCUUUAGAUUUUGCUCCUAGGUUCAGUCACGAUCAUGGUCUAAGAAUGCAAUCUGGCUUUGCUCGUCAUGAUUCAGCUGGAUCCACUAGAGGCAUUGAUUCUGGUGUCACGCUUCCUUCCUUAAAUUCUUGGUCUUCUAUAGCUCCUGGCAUGGUUUACCCACCAAUUCCUCCUAUUUUGGCUUCUGGAACACAGCUUGAUCCUCCAGUACCUAUACCUUCUGUUCCUGGACACGCACCACCCCCAUUUGGAAGGUUUGCUGGUUCUAGCAUCACCCCUGCAAUUCCUGCUGCUGCUACACCAUUUGCUGGAGCUGCACUUCCUCCCACAGUCUUAUCUGGUGACACAUAUGGCAUUUCAAAUAUGUCCGAACGCCCAAAAAAGGCUUCCGUGCCAAAUUGGCUCCGAGAGGAAAUCAAGAAAGCAGUCAUCACAAGCUCUUCUGCUGACCAUGCAAAGGAGGAAACUGAACUCAUGGAGGAUCAAGGAGUUGACAAGUCUUCCACGAAGGGUGAUCAAACUGAUAGUAAAAGUAUUGAUUCUUCUAGGUCAACUGAAGAAGAAGAAGAUGAGGAUUAUGUAGAAGGAGCCAGAACUGCAGCAAUAAAUCAAGAAAUCAAGCGCGUGCUGACCGAAGUACUUUUAAAGGUUACUGACGAACUGUUUGAUGAAAUCGCUACGAAAGUUCUCAACGAAGAUGAUCAGGCUGUUGAAGCCAAACUCAAUCUAGUCACUUCAAAUCAGAAUGUCUCUUUAUCUACCUUGCCAGUCUCAACUCCCAAAGCUUCUGCGAAGGUUUUGAUGGCAGUCAAAGUUCAGGAACCUGAUAAUGAUGAUACUAGUGCAAAGUCGAGUUCCAGCUCACCUGGAGAUGUACUCGGUCUUGCAAAUUAUGUUUCCGAUGAUGAAAAAAAUGAUGAUGGAGAUGGUGAAAUUCAGAGUGCAAGUGUCCAAGGUUCCAAGACAAAGGUUGAUAUUAAAAAUUUAGGAAAUAUGCAGGAUGUAGUUGGAAAUGCUAGCACUCAAAUAAAUGUUAUAGAGCACAGUGAAAAUCAUGUAACAAGUGACAUCAAUGAUGGUUCAAUCAGUUCAAUUAAUGAAAUGAGUAAAAGCACAGCCUUCAAUAAGUCGAAUGGUGAUUGGGUGGAUGGAGAAAUGGGUCAAGAACAUUCAUUGAAGCCAAGCUCUAAAGGUAAGGAUAAUGAAAUAGAACUUGGUGAUGGAACUGCCUCUGGGACAAAGGAUGCUUUAGACAUAGUACCUGAACAGCAUGGAAAGAAUGUGAAUUUUGAAAAAGGAUUUAAAGAUCCACAAGAUGGGGGAACUAAAAUAAAACCUCAUAAUAGUGGCAAGCAGGAGAGUAUGAGGGGUUCUUCAUGGAAAGAUCGUGUUAAGGAAGAAGGGGAGGUAAAUACUAGGUCAAAUGACAGACCAGAUGAAAAUCGUCUGAAGCAAGACCACAGGACCCUGAGGAAGGAAGAAACAGAUGACCAGAAUGUCCAAAAGGAAAAAUUGAAGGACCAAGGUGUUAAGUCUGGUGAAAAAGGUAAGGAUUCCAACUCAAGACACAGGUCUACGCAUCACAAUUCAAAGGAGGAAAGAAGAGAAGACAAGCUUCUGAGGGCUAGCGUUAAAGAUUGUGACAGAAAAAGGGAGUACACCAAAGAUGAGGAAGGUAGAACGAGACAGAAAAUCUCAAGUGAUUCAAGUAGGCACAAGAGCAGUAGAGACAGAAAUAAAGGCAAGGCAGUUGAUCAUUCGACCAAUUCAAGUGAUGACUCGGAUGAAUCAAAAAGGAAGUUGAAUUCAAGAAAACGUGACAAAUCACCAUCUCCAAUCAGGUCUAAGAGAAGACAAGUUUCGCGGUCACCACAUAGCAAGCACUCUCAGCGCAGGCAUUCCCCCUUCUCUUCUCUUGAAACCACCAGGUAUGCCGCAAUGUCUCAUAGAUUAAGUUUGUGUAUGUGUUCUCAAGACAUAUGCACACUCAUCCUCAUAACAGUAAGCUGCUCCAAUGGAUGCUUCAGAUUCUUUGUCCAUAAUUGUUCUUUAGGACUAACUAUACAUAUCAUGCAGGGCAAGGAGAUCAAGAUCUUUUCUCCUCUCUGUGUACAUGCCGAUCACCUUCAGAGACGAACACAGCAAAGCAUGAAGGCGAUCGAAGCGGGACUUUGUUCAAUCUGGCUCUCCGGAUUGGUUUUGAUUGCUCUCUCGCUAUAUGCUACUCAAAGUUUGCCUUCCUUCAAGGAUCGUUUCGUGAGGCCCAAGCUUCGCUCCGCAGUUGUCGGCGUUCGACUCAAUCCUACAAUUUCCAUAUUCUCUGCGCCUCGCCCUUUCGCUGGUAGUAUUGGAGUUCGGCAGAGCUUAGCUAUUCGGUCGUGGCUUGCUCUGUCCCCACAAAUUACAGUCAUUCUGUUUAGCCAAGACUCUUCCGUUGUAUCAUCUGCACGUUCUCUCAGUUCGCGAGUUUAUGUUGAUAGCAACAUUGAUUUUACGUUCCUGGGAACCCCAUAUUUCCAUUCAAUGAUGGCAAGAUCUCAGUCGUUCACAUCAGACAUCUCUGUUUUCGUUGAUCCUGAAACUAUUCUUCUGCCUGAUUUUAUUUCUACUCUGAAUUAUGCUAACAAACUUGACCGUGAUUGGCUCCUGGUUGCUUCAUCGAGAAAUAUUUCAUACAUACCAUUCUACUUUGACGAGUCCAGGAGGCAUUUCCCAAUGGAGGAUCAAAAAUUUACAAGAAUCCAGAAGGAGUUGCUCAAUGAGCAUUGGCGAUGGAGUCACUGCAGAGGGAAAGAACUAUUGGCGUGGAACAACUGGGAAAUUCCGUUGCACAGUGGAGUUCUUCCUCCCUUCUUAUAUGGAAGAGGGAUUCAUAACAAUUGGGUCAUAAAUGAAGCUAUGGCAUCUGAAUUCAGGUUUGUGUUUGAUGCCAGUUGGACCAUCAGUAGUUUCUAUCUUCAAGAUCCUGAGCAGUCAUCCGAUGGAAGAUAUGGACAUCCAAAUUCAGAUAUUGGAACAAGAAGCUGGGAAUAUUUUGGCAACUACCAUCUUGGUUCACUAUAUGGGUCUUCAUUUCAUGACGAAGCCAAUCUUUCAAGUCUGGUGAAACUUCUCAACUGUAAUGGGCAAUAUAUUCUGAUCAACACCACAGAAGACACAACAUAUCAACCGAAGAACCGGAGAAUUCUAAGUUUAUGGAACACACGAUUGUUGCAUAUGGGGAGGAAGAAGAAACCUGUGGCUUGUAACCAUGGUUUUCGAUCACAGGGGAGACUACAUGAUUGCUCAUUGGAAAAUAGGAUAUCGCCUUCAGCAACUUUAGAGCUUCCAUAUUCCUUAGAGAUCCUUCUUCCCCUAAUUGCAGAUAAGAAUAAGACAAUUGUGCUAGCAGUUGCAGGAUAUAGUUACAAAGACAUGUUAAUGAGCUGGGCAUGCAGAUUGCGCCGCCUCCAGAUCCCGAACCAUAUAGUUUGCGCUCUUGAUCACGAUACAUAUCAGUUCUCUGUCCUGCAGGGCCUGCCGGUCUACAGGGAUCCAUUGGCUCCGACCAAUAUUAGCUUCAAUGACUGUCACUUUGGAACAGAGUGCUUCCAGAGGGUGACAAAAGUGAAGUCCAGAAUGGUUUUGAGGAUAUUAAAGCUGGGUUACAACGUACUUCUUAGUGACGUUGAUGUAUAUUGGUUUAAAAAUCCUCUUCCUUUUCUUUACGCUUUUGGUUCUGGUGUUCUUGCAGCACAAUCUGAUGAAUACAAGAAGACAGGACCAAUAAAUUUACCCAGACGCUUGAACUCUGGGUUCUAUUUUGCUCGUUCUGAUGACUCAACAAUAGCUGCCAUGGAGAAAGUGGUGAAGCAUGCAGCAACUUCGGGACAGUCGGAGCAGCCAAGCUUCUAUGAUACCCUUUGCGGGGACAGAGGUAUUAAUCGCAUGGGUAGUAAUAGAUGCUUGGAACCUGAAACAAAUUUAACUGUUCAUUUCUUGGAUAGAAACCUCUUUCCUAACGGUGCAUACUUAGAACUUUGGAAAAAGAAAAAUAUAAAAGCAGCCUGUAGGAAGAAGGGCUGUUAUGUUCUCCACAACAACUGGAUUAGUGGAAGACUAAAGAAACUCGAACGUCAGAUGUUUUCAGGCCUUUGGGAAUAUGACAUGAGCACAAAGAUGUGCAAGCGCAGCUUGCCAGGUGAAAUUUGGUGAGUUCCUUCAGUAGAGCGAAGGACAUGAAGAAACUACUCUUGGAUUGGCUGGCUUUUUGCCCUCUCCAGCUGCUAAAGCUACCCCUGCAUGGUUACUGAAUCCACGGAUUGUGAAAAAUUGAAAGAAUGAGCUCCCAUUGGCUUGAAUUUGGAAGAGAAAUACCAACAUGGUGUUUGACAACGAUCCAAUGCUUACCACUGCUGUGCACUCAGGGUGUUUGAUUCUCCAGGCCGUCGAUUUUGUUAUUUUC